CGCCCUUUUUUGCCUUGGAGUCAAGUGGUCCGAGCAGAACGUGGAGUAGAGAGUGCAAGUGCUGUGUCACUCAUGCUUGGUGUAAAAGAACUAUCUGUCUAACCUUAGACUAACUGCUCUUGAACUACAGAAAAAUAAGAGUAUGUCCUCUAAAGAUGGCAAUGGUCGCUCCUCCAACGGGGAGGGCUCUCAUCACUUCAGUCUCAACCUACACCUACCCAAAUCUAAAGCAGGUCGCAGUGCUUCCAUGGGUGGUCGUAUUGUAAGUCCCAUCCACUUCUUCUCCAAGCGUUCCCACGUUACUGAGGCCAGUGGGACACUCUCGGAUUCGGGGCUAGAGCAAAAGUCAAAAUCUGCUGGUUCAUCACCUGCGCAGCCCCAAAAACAGGCCCCAGUAAAAAAAAUCAGUUUACCCAUACCCAAAUCAUCUAAAAGUGCCCCAACUGAGCACUCCAAAAGUGGCACCAUGCAAGUUGACCACAUCCCUCAGCUCUCAACUGCCACUAGUUACACUGAACCCUAUCAACCUGUCUCGAGGAACAACUCCAUCUCAUCGACCAAUGGGCCUUCGUCUAUCUCUAGAAACAACUCUAUAGCCUCAGUCACCUCACAGUCGAGUGCCUCAGGAAGGGGUGGUCACAGGAACAGUUCGAUUCCCUCCAUUCCUGUCCCAGUGAACCGGCCUGAGCUGGACCAGCUCUCUCCUCUCAGUCCCACGGGAGCCACUUCCAUGAAGGCUGCCAGGAAGCCUGUCGGAUCAGAGAGUCCCAGUCGCAAUGUCCGUCCACGCUCUGGUUCUCUUAGUAAGCGUCGCUACUCAACCUCUUUCUCAUCAUCAGCCUCCAUUGAGGAGGAUAGCUCAGGAAGUGACUACUCUGAUGAGGAGGGGUCCUCGGACGAGGAAGAGAGGUCUCCCAGAGAACAGGUGUUGUGUAACUCGUCUGGAUUCAAGGACUUCAGGGUCAAGUCCAUGAAGGCAGCUCACAUUGGGAGGAAGGAAAUUGAGCUGGCAUUGCAAGAGAUGCCUGGUCUGAAGUUGCUGAGGAAGAAGACGUGUACAACCGGAGACAAGCCUCUCAAAAGAGCCAGGAUUGUGGGCUGCACUCACGUCACUGCUAAGUCCGCCGUGUUGAUUGAGACGCUGAAGGAGUGUGGUGCUGAAGUGAGGUGGUGCUCCUGUAACGUCCACUCGACACAGAACGAAGUGGCAGCUGCCCUCGCCGAGGCUGGCUACCCGAUCUUUGCGUGGCGAGGUCAGAGUGACAGUGACUUCUGGUGGUGCAUAGAUCAGGCACUGUCUGCCGAGGGCUGGCAACCCAACAUGAUCCUGGACGAUGGCGGAGACGCUACACAUCGACUACUCAACAAGUUCCCAGGCACGGCUAAGUACGUACGUGGAGUGGUGGAGGAGAGCAUCACUGGCAUACACAGACUCUACCAACUCUCCAAAGAGGACCACCUCCCAAUGCCGGCCAUCAACGUCCACGACUCGGUUGUCAAGACACGCUUUGACAAUUUAUACAGCUGUCGGGAGUCCAUCAUCGACAGUCUCAAGAGGACCACGGAUAUCAUGAUCAGUGGCAAGACGGUCUGUGUGUGUGGCUAUGGUGAGGUUGGGAAGGGCUGUUCUUCUGCUCUGAGAGGUCUGGGGGCCAUCUGUUACGUAACUGAAGUGGACCCCAUCUGUGCUCUCCAGGCAUGUAUGGAUGGUCUUCGUGUGGUGAGACUGGACGACAUUCUCCCUCAAGUGGACAUCCUCAUCACAGCCACAGGCAGCAAACACGUGGUUGGUCGCAAGCAGAUGGAUCGUCUGAAGAGUGGCUGCAUAGUGUGUAACAUGGGCCACUCAAAUCAGGAGAUUGACAUCAGCUCCCUCCACGAGCUCAAGAGGGAGAAGAUCCGACGUAAUGUCACUCACCUAGUCUGGCCCAACGGGAAGAGGGUCGUCUUGUUGGCCGAUGGCCAUUUAUUGAACCAGAGUUGCUCUAGGGUGCCUUCUCUAGUGGUCUCCGUAACGUCUGCCACACAAGCUCUGGCUCUGAUAGAGCUGCACAAAGCCCCCAAAGGCCUUUACAAGAACGAGGUGUACCUACUACCCAAGAAAAUGGAUGAGUACGUAGCGAGCAUCCACCUUCCCUCAUUUGACGCCCACCUCACCGAUCUCUCGGAAGACCAAGCCAAGUAUUUGGGGGUGCCCAAGAGCGGACCGUACAAACCGUACUACUAUAAGUACUAGUGUACUGCUCAUUGCAACAACAAUAAUCAAGAAAGUAAACAUUAAUUUUCAUAAGUUAUUGGGCUGAAUUCACUAGAGGCUCUUACUGAUACAUUGCAAUACUUUAUUUAUCAUCACGUAUAAUUAUAAAUCAUUAUCGUACUAACUGUAUACCGUAGUACAUGCAAUGCUGAUCGAAAUAAUUCAUUAAUAAUUAUUAUGUUCGUA